UUGAGACGAAGAGGGCCUGCUAUUUCUUCCAUUCAGCUGAGGGGUCAUAGAGCUGCUGUUCAGAACAUUGCAGCACAACCAAUUCAGCAGAACACCAGCAAAAAAAAAGAAGGAGAAGCAUAUAGUUUCUUGGUCUCAAGAGGUGAGGUCUUCAUUUUUUCUGAAGUGCCGAAACAAAAGGAAAAGCAUAUUGUUUCUUGGUCUCAAGGGGUUACUCAGAGGAACAUGCUGACAGUAUACCCUAAAGGUAUACAUUUUGACUCAUCCAAUUACAACCCACUAAUCGGAUGGACACAUGGAGCACAAAUGGUUGCAUUCAACAUGCAAAAAAUUGGUCAAGAAGAAGAUAUAACCCAAAAUUCAUAUGGGUUACGGCAGAUCACUUUGGUUGAUGCAUGGCGACCUCACUGCCACCAGCUACUUUGCUUGCUUAAUCUGAAGCGGAAGGAUGGCCAAGCGAUUCCCAGUCGGAAGGGAGAUCUGGUAGCCGUGGAGAUACUGGGGGUUAUGAGUUGUGGCGCGAGAGCGGGAUUGAAUUUAAGGGGGUUGGCAGUGAACGGAAAAAAUUAUGACUGA